UCUGUGACCUGCAUGAGAUGUGUGACGUAGCUCACAAGUACGGAGCCCUGACUUUUGUGGAUGAGGUGCACGCAGUGGGUCUGUACGGAGAAAGGGGGGCGGGAAUUGGGGAGAGAGACGGGGCGCUCCACAAGAUUGACGUCGUAUCCGGAACUCUGGGCAAGGCUUUUGGAAACAUCGGAGGCUACAUCGCGGCUAACAAGACUCUAAUCGACGUCAUCCGAAGCUACGGUUCUGGCUUCAUCUUUACAACAUCCCUUCCCCCCUCAGUGCUCUACGGGACAAUCGCUGCCAUCCGAAUACUGAAAGGGGAGGAGGGAGAGGUGUUACGUAAUAGGCAGCAGGAGAAUGUGAAGUUGUUACGUAAUAAGCUGUUGCGAGUUGGACUGCCUGUGAUUGAUGCGCCUAGUCAUAUCAUACCAAUUCAUGUUGGAAACGCAGAAGCAUGCACAAAAGUAUCCGAUUACCUUUUGGACAGACACGAUAUCUACAUCCAAGCUAUCAACUACCCUACUGUAGCCAAGGGAACUGAGCGACUUCGGAUUGCACCCUCGCCGCUUCACACGGAGGAGAUGAUGGAUGAAUUGGUGGGGGCUCUUUUCGAAUCUUGGGUUGCGAAUCGACUGCCGCUUAAUGUUUUGGUGUCCCCGCCGCAAGGAAGUGACUUCUGUCGUGACAGGGCAGAGGAAUUGCCAUUGACUUUCAGUCAGAGCUGAUUGCCUGUCAAAAAUGGACAAUGAAGGCAUAUUGUUACGAUUUUCAUAUGUUAACGUUAUUGAUUAAAUAACAUCUGAACUGAAUUAUGUGCAAA